CCAAGGAAAGUUUGCGGUAGCCUAACCUUUAGUUUACCGAGCGUUCUCUGGUCAAUUAUCCUGUUCACGAAAAUUUAGUUACAGGUGGCGUCGUCGAAAUUUGGCUAGCUAACAACCAUGAGUACGCCAUAUAUCGGCAGUAAAAUUAACCUAAUCUCCAAGGCCCAAAUUCGGUAUGAAGGCAUUUUGUACACAGUUGAUAUGGAUAAUUCUACGGUGGCUUUGGCCAAAGUGCGAUCCUUCGGCACAGAGGGGCGACCUACGGAUAGGCCAGUGCCUCCAAGAAAUGAAAUAUAUGAAUACAUCAUCUUCAGGGGAAGUGACAUUAAAGAUAUCACGGUUUCUGAGCCCCCAAAAGCUCACCAUGGUCUACCCCACGAUCCUGCAAUAGUGCAGUCCUCAGUUGGCAGUUCUUCAACCACGUACCCGCCUCAAGUGCCCUAUAGUCCUUACAGGGGCAUGAAUCCAUCGUACAGCCAGCUGGCUGCCAGCUCCCUUCUCAGUCAGCAGUAUGCUGCAGCGCUGGGCUUGGGGGCUGGCUUUCAUGGCCUUCCAGUGAGAAGGGGUCCUAUGGUGGAGCAGGCUGUCCAGACGGUGCCAGCUAAAAAUGUGACACAGAAAAAAGGCCUGCCUAUAUCCCAGCAACAGGGCCGAGAGCCCUCCAGACCCCUCCAGCGAGCUGGGCGUGUGAGCCCCCAGCCCCAGAGGACUGGUUCCAAUAAUGCAGCGGUAAAGCAGCCUGGUGUAUCACAAGUUCAAGCACAAAGCAAUGAGAGUCGAAGAUCACAGCGGAGGAGACCUGGAAAUCGUCGUACCAGGAACCGUGGAAGAGGACAAAUUCUGGUGGGGAAUUCAAAGCCUAAUACACUCCAGUUUGAGUCUGACUUUGAUUUUGAAACAGCAAAUGCACAGUUCAACAAAGAUGACCUCGAGAAGGAGCUACAGGACAAACUUAAUGUCAAAGGUGCUGAUGACAUUGAAGUGAAGGUGGACUCUGGAGUAGACCCACAGAACAAUGAGGGGACCGUGGAAGAGGAGCCCUUUGGACCAAAGUGCUACUAUGACAAAACAAAAAGCUUCUUUGACAACAUUUCAUCUGAGCUAAAAUCCAGACGUACCACCUGGGCAGAAGAGAGGAAGCUUAACGUGGAAACAUUUGGGGUGCCCGGCAGGUUCCUCAGGAGCCGGGGGUUCCGUGGGAGGAGGGCACAAGGAGUCUUGCAGCGUAUUGUACCUAUCCAAAAAGUGGGCUCUGGGAGGCUGUGA